AUGACUCCAACGCUGCUGGAUAUGAAUCAAAUCUUCGGGUUCAGGCCUCAUGAAAGGCCUGCUGAUGCAGUUGGUGAUUACCAUAGAAGGAAGAAUUGUGAAAGGCUGGCUAAGAAGUUCACUGUCUCUCCUGCCACCAUCAACCAGAACUGUUCCUUCUCCAACUACCUGAAGAAGUUUAGCGUUUGGAGGGAUAGGGAUCCACAACACAUGUUGUUCCUUCUGUACUGGCUAAACAGGUUUGUCUUUCCGAACCGUUCUUCAGCAUUUCUGCUUGAAUACAGGCACCUGGUAGAAGCUCUCAACAACCAUAUUGAUGUAAGGCUUCGUCCCACAGUUUUGGCACAUCUGUACAGGAAUCUCCACACAGCCACUCUGGACAAUCCUUUGAAUAUUUUUGCUCCUGAUGCGUUUUGGAUUAUCCAGAUCUUGCUGCAAGUGUACUUUCCAGAAUUGAGGUUUCUAGGCAUAGUUCUGCCUGAAGAUCAAGUCAUGGCGAUCCCUUUGAUGUCGGCAAAAGUGCCCAAGAGGUCCAUUGAAGAAUAUCUGACGUUCUUCAGGCACUACACCAAGAGGACUAUUGCCUAG